GCGGCCAGGACGUGUCAUAAAAUCGCCCUCUGCAAGAUUAAAUUCACCUUUUUUUUUAUACAGUUUGUCGUAAUUUUGCUGAUGCGUAAGGACAGAUUGAUCUGGAAUAAAAAUUUCACAACAGCCAGCACGAUGAUAAACACGACGAUUUUCAAAUCGGCGUUCAUUCUACUACUGGUGCAGUUGUCGCGCGCGAUGCCUGCAGACAUUUCUUCCGCAGAAGAAAAACCCGAAGGAAUCGAUGGUCCGCUCGUUCAUUCUCCGAAACCCACGCCAACGAAUACCGGCGAUCAUUACGAUCAGAGGCAAAACGGAACGAAAAAUUUCCGCAUCCACGUAGACGGUGUCUUACUCGUCGUCGCACCGGCCGAAGCUCUUCUUCUAGCUGGAGAUCUCGAUCCUUCGUCGUUCAUCGGUAAUUUUGGUAAUGAGGGAGAUGGCGAAUCUUCGAAACCAGGUAUUCUCACUCCACCUGCUGUAGAUGCACCAAACAAACCAUGGUCUACCGAAGAAACGCAGAAACCGGCAAAACAAAAAUCGAGACACAGUCACAAAUUAUGGCUGAGCAGUUUGUUCGGACCACUUCUACGGAGCGUCGUACCAAAAGGAGGGGAAAAAUUGCGUUGAUCAAGAAAAUCCACCGUCGGGAGUUCUGAAAUUAUAUUUAUAAUAAUAAACAUACCCCACUGUAAUCGUAUUAUAAAUGUUCAUGUCCACGAUAACGAUGACAAUAUAAUAAAAUGGUGUCAAAUUAAA